UGACAGGUGGCUGCCUUAGCCCGCCCAGCUGCUGCUUUUUUUAAUCUCCGCUGUUCUCACUCCGAGGUCGAGUUUUAUAUUUGAAACAAAGCAAGAAGAGCCGAAAGAUAUGUCAGAGGACGGCGAAGGAACGAGAACCAACGAAGAACUGCAGGAAAUGGAAGACAAAGUAAUUAGCCCAGAGAAAGCAGAGGAGGCAAAACUGAAGGCCAGGUAUCCUCAUCUAGGACACAAGCCCGGGGGCUCAGACCUUCUCAGAAAAAGACUUCAUAAGGGGCAGCAAAAGUAUUUUGACUCUGGUGACUACAACAUGGCCAAAGCAAAAAUGAAGAACAAACAGUUGCCGUCGGCCAUGACGGAGAAGACCGACAUCACAGGGGGACACAUUCCAACGCCUCAGGACUUACCUCAAAGAAAGAUUUCGAUUGUGACAAGCAAACUAGCUGGUUGACCAUUUUAUGGUGUGUGUGUGUUUUUUUUUUUUUUUGGCUACCAUUCCAGUCCACUUUAUAGCUUUUUUCCCCCCCAUUUAGUUUCACUUCUUGUAUGUACCUGACAGGCACUGAAUUUUCGCUAAGUUAAUGCGAACAAAGAAGUAGGUGAAAAUGUUUCUUAAAAAUAAAAACCCGAAACAAAUGACUUGUGUAUUACAAUCUAAAUAUAAUUAAAUGUUAAUGGAUUUUUUUAAUUAUUAUAGCACUCACUUAAGACUUGUCUUGAUGCAAAUUCAGGAAUUGUCUAUUUUUGACAGUAGGUACAAAA